GCCCAGUGUCUAGUAUGAUGGGGAUGCCUGGUGAUCAGUGGGGGAACCAGAACAAAGGAAUGAAGGACAGCAACAUACCAGACUCUCUCAUGGGUACUGCUUAGCAAUACUGUACAGUGUUUAUGUAACACCAGCAUGUAGUGCUUAUUACUGUGUCUUAUAGCACAAUAGAGUAGUAAUAACCUGUGUAAUAGAGUAGUUAUAACAUGAAAUGUAGUAUUAACCUGGGUGUCUUAAUUCCACUCCCAGGUUUCUCCCAGCCAGGGAUGAUGAAUAUGAACAUGGGUUCAGGAGGUAUGGGGGGCAUGGCUCCAUUCCAGACAGGCAUGCCUCCUAUGGGCAACUCUAAGAAAGCCGCUCCUCUGUUUGACUCUGAGCCCCACAAGCAGUCCCAGGCCCCCUUUAAGCCCAAUGACCCGUACCCCUCUGCCCCAGGCCACAACACCCAGUCCCAAGACAACUCUGCAGGUAAGAGGUUGUCUCACACAGAGCAGCUAGGUGGGGGGCCUGGCGUGGGAUGUCCAGAGGUCCAGUCACCAGUUAAAACACGGUAUCAAAUGUUAGGAAAUCAAAUAAGUUUGGAUGAUGAUAGAGCUUCAAUUUGACCGUGAACAGGGUAAACUGUAGCCGUCACUUUUUCCUCAAAGUGCCAGACUUCAGUCAUCUUCAUCCAAAGGGAAGGUUUUAGAUACUGUAUAUUACCUCUGUUUUAUUUUUCAAACUAAAUGCAGAGCUUGUAGUUAAAAGCCAGCUAGUGGUAUUAGUUGUUUCUUAGUGGGGCGGCCAUCGGAGCAGAAAUCCAGUAUUGCUCCGGCUUAAAUUAUGUUUCACUCUCAGACAACCAGGGUACAACCUUCUGGACCUUUCCAGCCCUCGGCCAUCUCUUCUUUGGUUUAUUAUGCAAUACCUCAGACCUUUAUGAGACUUUAUCAAAUUUGUUUGAGAAGCAAGAAUAAUUAUGUGAUGAGAUACUGUCACGAUCGUCUAAGGAGGAGGACCAAGGCGCAGCGUUGAGGGUGAACAUAUUUAUUUAGAGAAUGAUCACACGAUCAAAACAACAGACGAUAACGUGAUGUCUACGGUUUAACACAAACCAAAUAAGAACAAGAAACCACAAAUAAUGAAUGCCUAACGGCUACCUAAGUAUGACUCCCAUUCAGAGACAACGAGCUACAGCCGUCUCUGAUUGGGAGCCACCCUGGCCAACAUAGAUAUACAACAACUAGAACAUAAACAAAUGAAAACUCACACCCUGGCUCAACAUACUAGAGUCCCCAGAGCCAGGGCGUGACAGUACCCCCCCCUAAAGGCGCGGACUCCGACCGCGCCAACCAAAUACAACAGUGGAGGGACCGGGUGGGCACUCCGCCUCGGCGGCGGAUCCGGCUCCGGACAUGACCCCCACUCCUUCUCUAACCCCCCAAAGUACCCCUGGUCCGGUCUGGCCCUGCUGACCGGAGCUGAACUGAACACUGGUGGAGCGGAUUGCUCUAGCUCCGGCGUGACGCAGCACCUGACCGGUGCCGGACCCGCCACCGGUGGAACAGGCACGGGCCGUGCCGGACUGACGACGCACACCACUGGCUUGGUGUGGGGAGCAGGAGCGGGCCGAGCCGGGCUGACGAAACGCACCACUGACUUGGUGCGGGGAGCAGGAGCGGGCCGGACCGGGCUGACGACGCGCACCACUGACUUGGUGCGGGGAGCAGGAACGGGCCGGACAGGGCUGACGAAACGCACCACUGACUUGGUGCGGGGAGCAGGAAUGGGCCGGACUGGGCUGGCGACGCGCACCACAGACUUGGUGCGGAGAGCAGGAACGGGCCGGACAGGGCUGACGAAACGCACCACUGACUUGGUGCGGGGAGCAGGAAUGGGCCGGACUGGGCUGGCGACGCGCACCACAGACUUGGUGCGGAGAGCAGGAACGGGCCGGACAGGGCUGACGAAACGCACCACUGACUUGGUGCGGGGAGCAGGAAUGGGCCGGGCCGAGCUGGCGAUGCGCACCGUAGACUUGGUGCGAGUGGCAGGAACAGGCCGGACCGUACUGGGAACACACACCACUGGCCCUACGUGGGGAUCAGGAACAGGCCGGACCGGACUGGCAACACACGCCAGUACCUCUCGCCGUGCCUCUACAUCUUCCACCCCCUCUUCGACCAGUGGCCCCCGUAACCUGGCGGCCUCCUCUGCCAAUCCGCUGGGCCGCUCUGCCGCGGUCUCCUGCUGGCCCGUCGUCCACAGCGUUAGCCCCCCCCUAAAAAAUUUCUGGGCGUCUCCCCUACCCCUGGACCAGGUCUCCAUGUCCCUCGCCAGCCUUUCGCCCUUCUGCCACAAUGUCAAGCCCUUCUCUUCCUCACUCGGCUUGACCCAGUCGAGGAGGCGAUGGGAUCUCCCUGGCGAUGGCUCCUGGACACGCUGCUUGGUCACAUCUUGGUGGUUUCUUCUGUCACGAUCGUCUAAGGAGGAGGACCAAGGCGCAGCGUUGAGGGUGAACAUAUUUAUUUAGAGAAUGAUCACACGAUCAAAACAACAGACGAUAACGUGAUGUCUACGGUUUAACAAAAACCAAAUAAGAACAAGAAACCACAAAUAAUGAAUGCCUAACGGCUACCUAAGUAUGACUCCCAAUCAGAGACAACGAGCUACAGCCGUCUCUGAUUGGGAGCCACCCUGGCCAACAUAGAUAUACAACAACUAGAACAUAAACAAAUGAAAACUCACACCCUGGCUCAACAUACUAGAGUCCCCAGAGCCAGGGCGUGACAGAUACCUAACCCUCUUUAUAAAAAAUAUUUCCUUAGAUAAUCUCCCUGAGGCCUAAUUUAAGCGCUCAGUUAUAUUUGGAAUAGAGGAUUUUUCUUAAAAGAUUUAUCAUGAGCUCCUUCCUCACCUUUGAUACUGCUCUCUGAGUGAGGCAACCACAUAGACUAGGAGUAAUGUGCCUUCAGGCAGGAGGCCAGGCUGAGGCUUUGGACUAUGAUGUACUCUUUACUUUUUAAAUACCAAUAUUGCAUGAAACAUAGAUGAUAAUGCUACCGGAUCUCCUGCACAAAGGUGUUUUUUAUGGCAACAUAAUCAAUAAAGGACGUUGAGGAAAAUAGCACAUCAAUCAAUUAGAGAGGAGGGCAAGGAUACUCAAUUUAGAAAAAGCCAUUAUCAUUAACGAUUGGGGAGGGGAGGGUAUUAUUAUUUUUCAUUUCUCUCUGCCCUGUCAUGACAAGUAUUGGGGUGGUACUACCCAUCAGUAUUAACAGAAAAACAUGGACGGAGAGAGGAUUGCCCACUGUAAUGUCUUUAUCACAAAAUUAAAAAAGUGCAUGCGAUGUAUGUUUUUGUGUGUACAGUAUCUUUCAUUUAUUCAUGUAUGUAUGUUUUUAAAGUGUGUAUGAACUAUGAUUUUAUGAUUAGAUUUUCUUGCAUUAAUAUGGUCUACUACUAACAUUCUCCUCCUCAGUGUGUUUGUACUAGGUUCUCCAUGUCACAUGACCCCUUCCUCUGGGUUCAUUGUUUGUCUGUGUUUGUCUAUGUGACCUGCCUCUGUUGUUGUUCUGCAGCAUGUUUGUUACUUGUACAUUCAUUCAUAUGCUCAUCUGCUCAUGCGAUGUGCUGUCAAGUAUACAGUACACACCACACUGCUCAGUCUCAGCCAAUCUCCAUUCUCCCCCUGCCCUGCCAGAGAGAAUCACACCCAAUCAGCUGCAAGCUCAGAGCAUUGCAAACAAAAAAACUGUCUCUCUUAAGGCUAACAUGUAAUCCAUAAGCCUAAAAGUCACAUUCUAUAAGCCUACUGGCCAGGCCGUAAAUAAAUGAUAGUGGCGGUUGUGUCAAUAUUAUUUAAGUUUCAAGAUUAAUUAGGAUGCUUACUUGCAGGUUCUUUCUCGACAAUGCAACAACUAUAAGAAAUAAUAAAAUAUAAGAAUACGAACAUAAAGUAAAUGGCUCAGUAGAAAAUAAACAUUUUAGCAUAAGUAUAAUACAGGAAUGUACAAUUUAUAGUACAUUAUUUACACAUGUAUUAGAGAAAGGUGGGCUUGGGGGCAACUGUUUCAAUUGUGCAGUAUUAGCAAUAGUAAAUAAGAGUGGUAGCAGCAAUUGUGUUUGUGUGUGUGUGUGUGUGUGUGUGUGUGUGUGUGUGUGUGUGUGUGUGUGUGUGUGUGUGUGUGUGUGUGUGUGUGUGUGUGUGUGUGUGUGCGCUAAGGUGCGGAGAGUCAGUGCAGGUGGUCAGUCCAGUUCAAGUGUUCAGCAGUCUGAUGGCUUGUAGAUAGAAACUGUUCAUUGUUAUCUGACCUCAUGCUGCGAUACUGUCGUGACGUGACUUUCAUUAAUCUGAUGACUGUUAUUUAUCAAAUCAAUAAUAAUAAUAUGCCAUUUAGCAGACACUUUUAUCCAAAGCAAUAAUGUGUGCAUACAUUUUUACGUAUGGGUGGUCCCGGGGAUCAAACCCACUACCCUGGCAUUACAAGCGCCAUGCUCUACCAAUUGAGCUACAGAAGACCAACUAACUAUGUUUAAUUGUUACUCAAUUAAAUGAAUCAUGUAACUAUGUUUAAUUGUUACUCGAUUAAAUGAAUCAUGUAACAAUUAACUCAUUAGGAUUUGGGGCACCACGGAAGAGGUUGUUUAAAGAGUUACCAUCAACUGAAUUAAACUCUAGAAGGUAUAUAUAUCUAUUACAUCGAUAACAGUCACUUAUUAAUAAUUUCCUCUUAUCAUAUCAUCAUUCUGAACAGUCGUAAACUUCUUAGAUCUGCAAAAACCCCUGCCUUACUCAUUAUUCAGUACUACACAAAUGUGUUUAAGUAUUUAUUUAUUAGUUAACUAAAUAAUAACACAGAAUAAACAUACACACUUAAUACAUGAGAAAAAGGUCCCAGCGGACUAACAACAACACGACGGCUUGUUACAAAAGAGGGUGGGGUAGAGAGAAAGAGAGAGACAAAGAGAGACACUUGGAUACAUUUGGAAACUACUCUCACAGUAAUCAUAAUACUUUGCACACGAACCACCGCCCGUUUGGAGUAAGAAAUCAUGAAUGUAAUUACGUGUGAAUGCCUUAGUUCUCAGUUUAUCUCUGUCGACACCAAGCCUUCUUGGAAAGGGUUUGGCUGUGUCUCCUCGAAUGUAAGGCUCUGAUUGUCCACAAGAGGUCACAAUGUCCUUCUUCUUAGCUGUACAAGUGAUUGUCUGAGAGGGGAGUUUUCUCCUCUCUCCACCUCGUGUUGAUAGUCAGAGUUUGAACCACUUUACACGCACAGCUGCAGCCUGGCAAUGUUCGAGUCUGGGAGGUGAGGUUAUCUUCUUUACCUCGUGUUGAGGUUCAAAGUUCCAACCAUUUCAAGUGUGUAGCGACCGCUUCAUGCUUUCUGGUCUGAUAUGUUAAUUCUUAACCCAUCCUUUUAUACACUCUGGUUAAAAGGGUCGCUCUGUCAUGCUGACACGCUCACUGAUCUCCCUCGGGGCGUGGCUACUUACUUGUGCAAAGUAUUAUCAAAAACUAUAAAUCACAUUCCUAUCUUAACAAAAACACUUUCAUCAGUCUUCAUAUUUCAUAAACAACGUAAAGGAUGAAAACUUGACAUAUAUAGUGUGUAUACUUUUCAAGUUACAGUAUUUCCUUCAUACCAUUUUUAAUGACAUCACAAAAUAGGAACCCAAUUGACAAUAUUGUUCUAUAGACCUCCUCUGACCAUUACCCACGUUCAUAUGUUAUAAAUAUUGUUUCAGUAUUCAUAAUUUGAACAUUAGAAUUUAGGCGGGAAAAGUCUGUUAGACAAAGGAACAUUCCUUUCACCAAUACUAGAGGGUAAAGAGAGAGUCCUCUCCUGCUUAAACUUUCGACAGGGCGUGAGGUGUCAAAGACCCCACAUCAGUUCCCUCCUCCCCUCUGCGGGUGAGAGGGGUCUGGUAGAAGUUUAUCCAUUGUAAACCUGAUCUGCCCAUUUACACCACAACAGGACAGUCAUGACAAUACUGUCUGCCCAACAGUAAGGGAGUGAAUAGCUCGUGGUUGGGGUGUGUGGGGUCCUUGAUGAUGCUACGGGCCUUCCUCAGGCACCGUUUCAAGUAACUUACAGAAAUUCAAAACUCAAGUCACAAUUUGAUUUAUUGAAUAGUUUUUAUUUGUAGUUUAAAAUAUAAUUUUCUACUCUGUCGUUGAGUUUCAUAAAUGUAGGUAUGAAUUUCUAUGAGCAGAUAAGAUAUACCCAGAUUGUUUGGGAGAUGAUUGCCAAUUGGUUGUUGGUCUUCUUUACAAUGAGUAGUGACAUUCCUUCCUCCUCUCUGCUCAUCAAAAAGUUUGGACAAACCCAAACCCCUGGGCAGGUAGUGAGUCUGGGCUGCAAGCCUCAGAGGGUCUCACCCUCUCCCCCAGCGACUCAGUGGAGGAGAGCCCCAACUCCGACCCCCUCAGCCCCCACGGCUCCCACAGCCAGGAGACUGGCCUUGGGGACGAGAGUGGGACCGAGGGGGUCAACAGCAGCAGCAAGCAGCAGAAGAGGAAGAAAAAGAAAAGGAGGUCCAGGGAGGAGGUGUAUGACUUCAUGGACAGGCAGCAGGCUCCGGACUCGAAGGAGGAGCAAGGCGAGACAGAGAGCGGAGCCUCGGACUGCCCUCUGAGCCCGUCCUCCCCGAGCAAGGAGGAGAGCUGGGAGUGUGAGAUCCGAGGGAGGGGUGGGGUUAGGGGCAGGAAGAAUAAGAGCAGGAUGAAGCUGCCAGAGGAGUGGGGGCCAACACCCCAGGAGCCCAUGACACCCCAUGCCACCCCAGCCUCGGUGUCUGCAAUGGUGAUGGCCUCUGGUCCCUUAAGUUCAACCCUAGAGAACAUCUCCUCCCUCAUAGCCGACCCCCAGACUAACCCCUUUAGCAGUUUUAUAGAGGACACCAAACUCUCUCUCACCUCCACUGUCCCACCCCUCACUGAGAACCCCAAGCCCAGUCACAUCCUCAACAAGGACCCUGCCCUUACAGACACUUCCACUAGUAACUUGAACAUGUUUGAGCAACCUUCUCCAGCCAAGCUCAAUGUGGACUGGGAGGCUGAGGCUCCCAUUAAAAACACUGCCUCUGUUCCCCUCCAUUAUGAACCCAUGUGUAUUGAUGACUUUAAAAUGCCCCCUCCCUUAGCCACUAAAGAUGUCCUAGCCCCCAAGAAGGAGGAGGCAGCUCUGUCCUUUACUGACAAAGCCUCCUCUGAUCAUGGCCGUCCUGAGGCCAACGCAUCUAUUACUGACCAGAGGCAGCUGGGCACUCAGAGCUCCCCAGGCUUCAGCCCCCAGGUCUCACAGACCUUCUCUUUCCUAGACUCUGUCCUGCAGACCCCCCCAGCCAGCACUCCUGCUUCACAGCCACAGGCCCAGUCUCAGACCACCACACCCCAGGGCCCUCCUCCAAACACCACCACCUCUUCUUUCCAGAGCACUCCUCCUCCACUGUUUAGCCACUCCUCCCAGCCUGAUCACGACACUCCCAGUCCCCGCCCUGCAGUGGGCUCAGGCCUCAACCCUGCAGCCCUGCCCUUUAUCCCCACCGCACUGCCACUCACAGAGCACCAGGAGCCACCGCUGCCAGAGUCCCCCCUGCUGGAAGGUUGG